AUGGCGGACCCCGAGACCGGGACAGGACUGCGGAGGGACCAGUGCACGUGCGCGGGGGCGCCUAUGCACACGCGUGUGCAGUGCGCGCGGGAGCGUGUGCGCGGCCGCGGGGAGGGUCGCCGUGUACGGGGCGCCCAGCUGCCUCCGGACCCGGCCGGUCGGGACGCCGCAGACCCAGCACGCUGCGGGCCCAGCACGCUGGACAUCGGGACGAGCGCCGAGGGCCUGAGCCGGAAGGGCUCCGAGACCCCCACCCUCGCCCCCAUUUCACGGACGCGGCCACAGAGGCCCGAGAGGGGCCGGAGCCUGCGGACAAGGGAGGGCUCGACAACUUGGCUGCGUCCCCUCCCGGCCCAGGGUCUGGAGGAGAGCGGCGUGAUGCCGAGGGCGACGAAUCGUCUUUUCCGCCCCCGCGCGGGAGCGUGGCGGGGACAAGCGCCCUUCUCCGGGAUCGGAGGCGGCAAACUCCCUGCUCGAGCCUCCGCGCCGCGCCCGCCCGCGGAGCCGCGCGCCGCCCUGGCGCAUUCCCGCCGGCCUCGCGCUCGGCCCCCCGCUGCCCGGGCUCCGGUGCUCCCAGGCUGGUCCCCCCACCCGCCCCCCGCAUCCAGGAGCAACAAGUCUGAAAGCAGCGCCGAGCGCCAGCAAGCUAGCCGGGAGGAAGGGCGCCGGGCCGGGCGCGGGGCGCUCCGGGAUCCCGGAACGCGCGCAACGUCCGCCUCCGGGGACCGGGCGCGGGCGGCGGGCGCUCGGGGCUGA